AAUUUUGAAGAGAUUUGAGCUGUUGGUACCACAAACAAAACAAGACUUAACACCUCUCCCUUAAUUUUCUCGAGUUUGAUAGAAUUCAAGGAUUGAAUUGAUAAAACAAUUUUACAUUUGGCGUAAAUUGAAUUGAAAAGCAUAAUUAUCCGCCGGAAGGCGGUGGAUCUGAAGGUGAGAAGUAAACGUGAAGAAGGAAGAUGGAGAACGAGCAUAGAGUGGAGAAGAACAAUGGCAACGAGAUAAAGAGUUUGCUAGCGUUGAAAUCCAUAUUCUCUUUCAACGGAAAAAAGCGAAACGGUGACAGUGAAGGAUUUUGCAGGUAGAGAUUGAAGAGUUGCAACAUCAAUUUGAUUCAGAUCUUGUUGAUGAUGUUAAACAACCCUUAGUGUAUGCAAGGAACUUUCUGGAAUUUUGCUCCUUCCAAGCUCUUCAAGUUGUAACCAUCCGUCCUGAUUAUCUGAGCGAUAAGGAAUUCCGUCGGUUGAUGUUCGACAUGAUGCUAGCAUGGGAGGUCCCUGGUGUUGGAAAUCAAGUACUCUAAACUACAUGAGAUAUACUCUAUUUCAAGAUUGCUUUCUUUUCUAAAUUACUCUUGCUAUGCCAUAGAUUUGGCUGUCCAUUUGAAAGUCUUAACUGUCUAACAAUACCGUAAUGGAGAUGUCUUCACAGGAAACUACAGCCUCCGAUAAGAGGGAAGUGGAGGAUGAAGAUAGCUGGUCAUUGUUUUAUUCGGAUUCCACAGACAUGGCUGUUCAGGUUGAUGAUAAAAAGACAGUUGGUGAAGAAUCAUUUUCACGAAUUGCUCCUGCUUGUGCUAUUGUUGCAGACAUUAUAACAGUUCACAAUCUUUUCGAUGUCCUAGCAAGUUCAUCAGGUCACCGGCUCCAUUUUCUUAUAUACGACAAGUACCUUCGGAGUCUUGAAAAGGUGAUAAAGGCGGUCCAGAAUUUCAGUGGACCUCAAUUGGUGUCCAACCUUUCACUUGCAGAGGAAGAGAUAGUGCUAGAGGUGGAUGGUACAGUUCCCACACAACCAGUUUUGGAACAUAUUGGAAUAUCUGCAUGGCCUGGAAGGUUGACAUUAACUAACCAUGCUCUCUACUUCGAGUCUGGGAUGGGCUUAUACGACAAGGCAGUGCGGUAUGAUCUAGCAUCCGACUUGAAACAGAUCAUUAAGCCUGAGCUUACUGGACCUUUAGGUGCUCGCCUUUUUGAUAAAGCUGUUAUGUACAAGUCGUCAUCUAUGAUGGAUCCUGCAUAUUUUGAAUUUCCAGAAUUUAAAGGAAGUUCAAGACGGGACUAUUGGUUAGAUAUUUGUCUCGAGAUUUUCCAUGCGCACAACUUUGCUCGGAAGUAUAAACUCAAAGAGGAUCAGCAGUCCGAAGCACUUGCUAGGGCUGUUCUUGGAAUUUACAGAUACAAGGCAGUCAGAGAGGCUUUUAAGGUAUCUUCUUCCAAUUACAAAACCCUACUGUGUUUUAACUUAGCAGAAAGUCUUCCUAGAGGAGAUGCGAUCUUGGAAACUUUAUCAAGCCGCUUGAAACUCAUGAACUCUGCCGGCAAUCGACGUGGAUUAUUGGGUUCUCCUAGUGCAAGGAGACAGGUGAUACACCCAGUAUCACGGGUGUCACUUUGUAGACUUGGAAUUAUCUCAUGCAAGGAGGUCGAUAUAAUUGGAGAAGCAACAACGUUAGUAGGAGAUGUCUUUGUUGGUGAGGUAAAUCCUCUGGAAAAUGCGGUCAAGCAGUCAAUGAAAAACAUUGGAAGAGCUGAAGCUGCACAGGCGACAGUUGACCAAGUCAAAGUUGAAGGAAUUGAUACUAAUGUAGUGGUAAUGAAGGAGCUGCUUUUUCCUCUCAUCAAACCAAUGAACCAACUUCAACUAUUAGCUUCAUGGAAAGAUCCGUGGAAGUCGAUUUUAUUUAUGGUGUUUGUAAGCUAUGCUAUAAUCAGGGAGUGGAUAAAAUAUGCAUUGCCUUCAUUGUUGGUUGUGCUUGCAGUUAUCAUGUUUUGGCGUAGGAAUGUGAGGAAAGGGAAGCCAUUAGAACCACUAAAAGUCAUAGCUCCUCCUCCAAAAAAUGCCGUUGAGCAGCUCUUGAUAUUGCAGGAAGCUAUUACUCAACUUGAGGCAUUAAUCCAAAGUGGCAACAUUAUUCUGCUAAAAGUACGAGCUCUCAUUUUUGCUGUUCUUCCACAGGCAACUGACAGGACAGCUCUUUUACUGGUGAUCGUGGCCUUGUCUUUUGCUUUUGUGCCACUCAAAUAUUUGAUUCUUUUUGCGUUCGUGGAGUCUUUCACAAGCAACAUGCCUCUGAGGAAAAUUAGCAGUGAAAGAGACCUUCGAAGGGUUAGGGAGUGGUGGAUCAGGAUACCAGCAGCCCCCGUGCAACUUAUCAAACCUGACGACAAAAAAGACAAGACGAGUAAAAAACCUAUAUUCAAAAAGGAGAAGAAGCAUGAAGAGUAGGAGUUAAUGUAUGUACGGUCCUUUAUUGCUAUAUUUCAAUGAAGAUAGAUGGCAUAAAGUGAAUGAAAAUCAAUUUGACUUGGUAAAAGAGUUCUUGGUUUCUGUUUGUGUUAUGCAACUAAAUUAGUGAUUAUAUGAUAUUCUUGAAUGUUAAUGAAAAAACUAAGUGGGCAGAA